AUGACAUACGUCUCAGCUGUGAUUGCUCUGUUCGUUGUUAUUUUUGCCAAUUUCUUGUUAUCAUGUGAAAGUUUGGAAUGUUACGAAUGCUCAGGUUUAAAUGAGCAAGCAUGUACGACAACAGCGUCCAAUUGUCCUAUGUGUAUGGUAUUUCGCAAUGAUAACGAUCCAACUAAAUUUGAUCGACGUUGCUGUUGGCGGGGCUGUGGAGCGUCCAAACAAGUAUCUGAACACGCUGGUCGGCUAACUUAUUUUUGUGACACUGACAAGUGCAACGACGGCAAUAGUGAAGAGAUUUUGCGUUAUGCUACUACAACCGCAAGUAGUACGUCAACGAUGUCUUCAACGAUGACUACAACGGCUUCUGAACCGUCGUCAUCCGAAUGUUUUGAUUGUUCAGGACCUAGUUGUGGCACGAACGGUUCAUCAAUGUCAGCGCACUGUCCCAAAUGUAUGGUUUACAGAAAUCCUGACGACCAAACAAACAUCGAAAGACGUUGUUGCUGGUGGAAUUGUGGCCCUUCGAAUACUGUCAGCACUUAUAACGGUAUCGAAACUUACUUUUGCACAGGUCAGAAGUGUAAUGGGUAUGGCGCAGAAUCCGCACUUAGUGCCCCAGUAACAAGAACUACCUCACAAACUACCACGAUGACGACAACAAUAGCUACCACAACUGAGCAAUCGUCAUCCCAAUGUUUUGACUGCUCAGGAUCCGACUGUGGUAAGGAAGGAUCACAAAUGUCAAUGCAUUGUCCCAAGUGUAUGGUCUAUCGAAAUCCUGAUGAUCAAACAAAAAUCGAACGACGUUGUUGUUGGUGGAACUGUGGACCCUCGAAUACUGUCAGCACUUACAACGGUAUCGAAACUUAUUUUUGUACGGGUGACAAAUGUAAUGGGUAUGGAGCAGAAUCUGCACUUGGUGUCCCUGUAACAAGAACCACAUUGAGAACUACUAUGAUGACGACACCAGUGACAACAACGACGAUCACUAAAACCGAACAGCCUUCAUCCCAAUGUUUCGAUUGUUCAGGAGUUGAUUGUGGCAAAGAAGGAUCAUCGAUGUCGAUGAAUUGUCCAAAAUGUAUGGUUUACCGAAAUCCGGAUGAUCAAACAAAAAUUGAACGACGCUGUUGUUGGUGGAAUUGUGGCCCUUCGAAUACUGUCAGCACUUACAAUGGUAUCGAAACUUACUUUUGCACUGGUCACAAGUGUAACGGAAACGGCGCAGAGUCGAAUCUGGGCCCUGCCAAGAUAACAACUUCUGUACCAACGACGUCGACAACAACGUUUGCGUCAGUCACAACGACAACAAUUACUGCUACAACCACCUCACAAACAGCAUUUCAAUGUUAUGAUUGCUCAGGUCCUGAUUGCGGAAAUGCCAAUUCGAUGAUAUCUAUGAACUGUCCAAGAUGUAUGGUUUAUCGAAACCCAAGUGAUCAAACAAAAAUUGAACGUCGUUGUUGCAGAUGGGCAUGUGGACCUUCAAAUUCCGUUACUCGUUACAACGGAAUCGAAACAUUCUUUUGUUCUAGCGAUCGAUGUAAUGGUUAUGGCUCGGAAUUUGCUCUCAGUGCUGCAGUAACAACAACAACUGCAAGAAUGACACCGAUGAGCACGACUACAACAUUAAUGAGAACUACUACCACUAAAACUGAACAACCAUCGUCCCAAUGUUUCGACUGCUCGGGACCAGAUUGUGGUAAGGAAGGUUCACAAAUGUCGAUGAACUGUCCAAAAUGUAUGGUUUACAGAAAUCCUGAUGAUCAAACUAAAAUUGAAAGACGCUGUUGUUGGUGGGGUUGUGGAGCAUCGAAUACCAUCAAUAUGUACAAUGGAAUGGAAACCUAUUUCUGUACUGGCAACAAGUGCAAUGGUUAUGGUUCAGAAUCUGGCCUAAGUCCCCCAGUUACAACCACAACAGCUAGGACAAUGGCCUCUUCGACAAUGACAACCACGACUAUACCAUCGCCAGGAGUAUGUUCACUCAAUUGCCGAAACGGUGGUACACCGGAAACAGAAGAUGGUUGCUUCUGUUACUGUUUAGAAAACACUUACGGACGUGAAUGUGAAAAUGUCGAUUGUGCUCAACCCGAUGUCGAUCCUGAAACUUGCAGUGCAGAGAAUCGAUCACUCUGUGAAGAAAGUGAGACAUUUGCUUUCGAAUGUCUUCAUCUAUGUGGAAAGUGUUAA